GUGUGUGAUAAGAGACUGGCUACUGAAGAUACUUUGCUUUACCCCAACCUUGGCUGCUGCCGCUGCCUCCACCGCCACUACCAUUAUCAUUAUACAGCAUGAGAUCCUGAAGCAGUUCCUUCCAUCACAGCAGUUCAGACCGCAUAGCAGGUGUAAAAAGCCUGGCUACUGGCAUUGGAAAGACCAAUAAUCUUUAUCUGUACGAGCCCAGUGAUUAGUCAGAUCAACAUGCAAAUCUGUCGAUAUAUUGAUUGCUCACUGUAGAUACGUUAAGAAGUGAGUGUUGCAGAGACGUUAAGUGUCAGUUUUCUCAAGUUUACAAUUAUUAUUCGCUCGGUAGAACAGUUGGAAGAACGUAAUGACUGCACGAUUAUACGACUCUCAUAAUUUUACUCCUUAUAAAUGCAAGUGUUUUGGUUUGUGCGUUUAAGCAUUCGUGUUAGUCAUUUUUCAAGCACACAAGUGAACUAAAACAGACAGCCCCUUCCCUCCCUAGUUCUCUCAUCCUUUAUCUCACCAAAUAUAGUAUGACAAAAUGGCUCAGAGUAAUCUCAUAGGGCACAGUUAUCUUGCCCACGAGUACAACCUUAGUAACUCCGGCUUCGCUAGUCACCCCAGGACCAAAAGCUCUUCCUACAUCAUCAAUGCCUUUCCUCUUAACUGUGAAACAUAUCAAGUUUACCAGUGUAACCAUUCCUAUGUACCCAGUAUCGUGAAUCAAACUUGCCAGUAUACUCAAAAUAUUCCAAAAGAUUCUGAUCAACAUGUUUCUGACAGUCACAUACGUCAGGAAGAGUUGUUGUCAUUAAAGCAUCAGCAGCCCCAGGAUGAUAGCGGUGACAAAUUCCUGUAUCAUCCGAAGCUGACUGCCGGUAUCACCCUUAAUCAUCAAGGUGACUCCAAGCUCCCACCCCACCAAGAUUUACACAGCAAACAUCAAAAUAACUCUAAGCUGCAACUCUACCAAGACUUAAGCAGCAGGCAUCAAGGUGACUCUACACUCCCACUCCACCAUGAUUUAAGUAGCAGACAUCAAAGUGACUCUAAGCUCCCACUCCGCCCAAAUCUGCAUAGCAGAGAAAAUCGUCGAGCUCUUCCUAGCCCUCAUCCUAUCUGGUUGUCUCUCGUGAAACGCGGAGAAGCAGCUACCACUCCGAGACAACCGUUUUCGGGAAACUCAGACUACCAAGCUGCAACUGAAUUAAUGUCUACUAUGGAAGCUUUACGAAACAAGGGUUCAUCGCGGCCGUCCGUACCUCCCUGUUCCAAAACUCUACUGACGGAAGAAGAGCUGCACUCUGCGCUGCCCACACAAGAUAUGAAUGAAAUAUUGAAUCUUCAAAAAUUGUAUUUCGAAGCCUUCUCAUUGUUUCCCACCCUUGAAAAGAUCAAUAACAAUGAAACCGACAGAUUAUGGCAACUUUAUAGUCUAUUCGUAGAACGACAGAGUUCAUUCUUUGGCAAAAUACCAUCGUUUAGGUUGCUGGCCACCUGUGACCGCCAUAAGUUGCUGCGCCUGGCUGUGGGCAUCAGCAUACACUUGUCUGCUGCACAGCUCAUGGAUGAACAGGAGUACACGUGGCCACGCAGAGACGCUCCUCUCAUCACCACUCACACCAAAGUGCUCUCUGCUAGCACCAUUCGCCAGGUUGUCUCUCAUGAACAUUUUAUUCUCCUCAUGACAUUUUAUACACACUACACUCGCCUCUUUGCUGAUCCAAGAGUAGUUUUAUUAACGCAGGUGCUUUCUCUCUUCUGUGAGGUUCCAGAACUGAGUGAUGUCGAUGCGAUCAGGCAGAGACGACAACAUUAUCUGGGUUUGCUUUCCCGCUACUUGACAACAGUCUAUGGCAGGCAGCCUGGUGAGCGCCUUCUUACAACUCUCCUCGUCAGCCAGGAAGAGGCAAGACAACUCUCUGCCAUAUACCAGCAUGUGGAAUUGUCUCCUCAAGUCCAGAGAUAUGCCUUAAGAAGCGAUGCCCCUAAUGUAUUUACUGCAAAUUUCCAGAAACUUUGCAUCUUUGCACAUAGCAUUGUAGCAGCGAAGGUUAAAGACCAACGCCACGACACCUCCAUGCAGGCCUCAGACAGCGCCUCCAUGCAGGCCUCAAACAGCACCUCCAUGCAGGCCUCAGGCAGCACCUCCAUGCAGGCCUCAGACAGCACCUCCAUGCAGGCCUCAAACAGCAACGUCACUGACCAAGUGACUGUGCUGAAGAAAUUGCUCACACGUUUAGCCUGCCAUGAUGACCCCCACAUGCUGGCUGCUGCCCGUCAUGUACUUCCACUAGACCUCCUGCAACACUUCCUUCAGAUUAUGCAGUGAAGGAGUCUCGAUCGGUAUGAAACGUGGUUUAGUGUAAGGAUGUUGCUAUGGUGAUAUAAUGAUUCAUACCAAUGAAUUCUCUUACAUCCCAAACAUUUUUAACCAUCUAUUAGACUAGUGUUAACGCCUGUGGUUAAUCAUCUCGGCAGAAAAAAAGUGCUCUUCCCGAAAGGGAAGCGCAGUGUGCAGGAUCUGGUUGCAUAGUGGGUCUUGACUUGAAUAUGUAACCAGAUACAUACACCAGGUAUUCGAGGUUGUUCUGCUUGGACCUAUUUUAACCAGACUUAGUUGCCAAUACCAAGAGAGGCUGAGAGCACUGACAACUGCGGUGGGAUUUCAUCCUAGGUAUGGUGCUAAUGUAAAUUUAAUGGCAUACAUCAGAUCACUAGUUGACUGCUUGCCCUCGUGUCAGAUAGAAUGUUUGGAGGGUCUGGAAAGUUGCAGAACCUGAUAUUCCGGGCAUCAGAGAUUGUAUCACAGAAAUAAAUACCUUAAUCAGUGUUAGUAUGCUUAGGCAAACCAAUCCAAAUCCCUGCACAAUAAGCUUCCAAACUCUCUUCACCAUAGGCGAGCACUCCCCCAAAUGGAUAAUGCAAAUGGGAAUUGACUUCCGAAUAAGUUAAAUACAUAAUAUUUGUCACAGCAACAGCGAAACUUCCCUGCACUAUGGGAAAUUACCUCUCGAAAUCACCAUCAAAACUUUGUCCUAAAGACAAACAUGAUGUCAUAGGUUGUAUAGAUCAGUCACACAGAAUUCUCAUUCAAAGAUUAUAUGCAUAUUAAUGUUUCUAUUUACCAGUCCACUGGUACAGCUGGUCUUAUCAUGAAGUGUAAUGGCUGCUGUAUAGAAAUUAAAGCAAGUAUCAACACUUGGCCUUCCACCCUUCAAACUAAAUUGUUUGCUAUCCUCAUUGUAAUCAAAUCGUCCAUGUAUCUGAAGGUAACUGUUAGUGAUUCUCUAUCAUCUAUAAAUUUCAUAAACUCCAACGAGUGUCAACUGUGACAUGCUGGAGUUAGAAGCCAGACACAGAUAUGGUAGAAUUGUAGACAGUGUCAUCAGAGUACACCUGAUCAUCAUAUACAUGAUGAAUUGGUAAAGGUGUAUGCU